UAUAGAGUUGUUUACGUUAAGUACUUUAAUGGUGUAGUUUACUGUUAAUCACCUUGUUCUAACUACGUCUGUUGAGUGGCCGUACUAUAAAUUCCCUUGUAAAUUUAGAAAGGACAAUCACCAGUGGUCAAGGAGGUAUGUGAAGAUGCUCAGAAAUCAUCAUGGCAUCAGACACAGUUGCUUGGUUUGAGUUUCUGUUAAAUCCUACAUUGCUGGAAUCCCAUCUGAACCAAGCCAAUCCCGAGCCAUCACCAAUUGGCCUCAUCAUCCAGUUCAUUUACAACAGCAUCAAGAGAACUGAUGGAGGAAAUAGUGAGGUGGAGACGAUGGACGUGUCGACACAGGAGAGUAACAAGAAGAAGAACGCUCUCUCUGUGCUGGCUCUCAAGACUGCCGCUCACCUCAACUGGAACCUGGAAAUAUUUGAACAGAAAUUACCUCUACAUAUGCAAGAUGCUCUCCUUGUUGCACUGUUGCACGAAACACUUGAGGAUAUGAGCAGUCCAACGACUCACGGGACACUGGACACUGGCCCCUUGUUGCCGUACCAGCUGUUCAGUGUGGCCCUCUACCAUCGCUAUGCUCUCAGGGCCCUUGUUCAGACUAAGUUACCAGCCAAGCCCAUCAAGGUCUCUAAUGUUCCCAUUCCUGGGCAGCAAGACCCCACACAGGAGUCUCGUGAAGUCCAAGAAGGCAUCUUGAGUGUGCUGGAGAGAGGAGGUGAAGUGUCGGUCAGGAUCCUCGAGCAGUUACUUGGAGCAGGAGAGGUUCGUGCCCCAGUGUUGGCCACCUUCACCGUGCACACUCACCAGAGCUCCGUCAUUAGUCACAACUGGGACCGCUGCAAGUCUGUUGCUGAUGAGCAGUUCAAGUGUCAGAUCCACUGUGACCUGGGAGCCUACCACUUCCUGCAGGAGAGAUACGAAGACGCGUUUUCUCACUUUUCCGAAGCCUGUAAACUCCUGCCGGAAAUAGGGUCACAUCCAGAAUAUUGCCAAGUGAACGAGAGCAAGCUGAGGGGGUACUACAAGAGCUGUGCAUCCCUGUGUGGUCGCUCGACACCCCCUGAGCAACGAUCACUCUACGAUAGGUUUCUGUACUCGGCUAGUAAUGGGUAUCAGGAUUUAGUGAAGGUUCUCUCUGAUGAUAACGUGGCCUUUGAGAUACCUUCAUACUUGAGGAAGAAUCUUGAGCUUGAACUGGAAGCUAAACCUGAGAAGGCUCCACAAGGACUCCUUUUACAGGUGCAGACGCUCAACACCAUCAGAAACGUACUAGAGGGAGAGUUGUGGAAUAGCAGUUAUCCCAUUUCUUUAUCCCAAGCUGGCAAGCCUGGGGUACAGUUUCUGAUUCAGGCAUUGGUUGCUAAGUUCUCCAAGCUCAACAGUACACACAAGGAGCGGAUACGCAUGUUUCUGCUCACCGUCAACUUGGCAUCAAACAUCAGAGAAGUUUUGGUACCUGCCAUUAAAGUGUGUCCUCCACUCAAGGCUCUCAUCUCACAACAGGAGCUGCUGACAAUGUGGCCACAGUACGAAGAAUCAAGAGUUAGCUUAAUUAAGAAAUCCCCUGAGGCUUCAAUGACGGAUCCCAACAACCUCAAUGACAUAAUAUGGGACCUGAUCCACUCCUAUAACCCAGAGGUACUCAAGAGUGCUGUGAUGCACUACAAGAGCACAGUGCCACCCAGACCUGACAUACCCAAGAAAGAGAUCCCAGAACUUAAUGUGAAGUGGGAGAUGCCAAUACCCAUCUACAACACCCUUAUGAAGCUGCCUCAGACCCCCCAGAGAGAGCUCGUCUUCCUGUAUAUUGCCAAAGCUGUAGAACUUACUCAGGCCAAGAGUUUUCAGAGUGCAUUAGACUUGCUUGAAGAAACUAUGAUCCACGCAGCCAAGCUCCCCGGUAGAGAGACUGGUCGCCUGUGUAAGCUGCUCACCUGGAUGUUGCUCAUGUCUAAGAUACAACACUGCCUGUAUGAUUUACCUUGUGUGGACAAUUCUGUUAUGAGUGAACUAACGAAUGAAGCUCGGCAGUGUUUGAGCGCCCACAGCGGGAGAGAUGGGAUAGCUCCUUGGACCGGUGUCAAUAAUUGGUGUAUCCUCCUCCUGCUUAAUGCUGGUGAGUGGAACAGUCUACUGGGUGGAGUGUCUCUACCCUCUCACCUCUACCUGCUGGCCUUGGUGAAGCCUCUGGCAGCAACAGCUCACGCCUUGAGGGAGAAACACACCAACAAGGGUGUUUGGUACGACCUGUGGGAUGUUGUGGUUGGAAUAUUGGUGAACAGUAUGCAACACAAACGGUCCAGCUCUGGCCAGUCUACGCCCAUUGAGCGACACCAUGACUCAGUUGUUAUGAGCCGAUCUGCAUUCCUAGAUUUUCUGGAGAACAUAAGAGAACCAAGUUGUCUUUCCAUCAUCAUCUCACUCCUGGGACACGUGUUAAACAUCCUGACCCAGGAACCUAAUAGCGAAGUCCACAUCGACCAUCUUGCCAUGUGGCCGCUGUUAGUUAGUGACACCGUACACAUAGAGACAGUCAAAGACACACUAACCUGGGUGGUGAAUCAUGCAACCAGAUUAUACCCUACAGCAACACAUACAAGUACAGCACUGUGUACCUCUUGGCACUUGUCGAAGGCUGACCUUGCCUACAUGAGCGACCAGUACUACAGUGCCCUGGCCGGCUACCUGACUGCUGUGUUUGUUGCGACAGACUUCCUCAGAAAUGAUACCGGAGUAGAUCAGUCUGUGUUAAAUGACAGUAUUAUCAGAAGAAUGGUUCGAUGUUGCAUGAAUCUCAACUGUUAUACUCAGGCAGCCAUCUUGUGCCAGUUCUUAGAGUCCAUUGACUACAGCACAGCACUACGAUGCCUUCAGGAAAGAAACUCGGUGGAUGCCAUGGAUGCUUACUACAGCUGCCUGUGGGAUGUUUCCCUCAUUGAGUUCAUCAUCAACAUGCACCAAAAGCGUGGAGAGAUACAACGCAGGGAUAAGGCUUUGACAAUGAUGGGUCUCCUUGAGGUGAACUCUAACAACAACGAUGAGAUCCAGAGGGAAGCAGCCAAAGUCCGCAAGCACAGGUUCUUACGUGCUAUGGCCAAGCAGUACCUGUGUUAGGAGGACAAUGAGUAAGAGUACCUGAUGUAAAUACAAUUAUUGUCUUUUAUGCAUCAUAUUAAAACCUCUUUCUCAGACAUCAUGAUAUUUAGUAAAAAAGAAGAUUAGACAGUGGAAUUAUACCAUUGUACGAGAAAGACUGCAAAAAAAUAUACAGUUAAUUAAAAACAAAUUAUAAAUCUG